CAGUAAAUGAGAAAAUCCACAUUUCCAUUUUACCAAGAACAGAAUAAAAAAACAAAAAAUGAGUAAAUGAAACCCUUUGAAAAGAACCCAGAACAAAAAUACAAAAUAUAUAUGUAUAUAAACUUCCAAAUAGUAACAGUUAACCACCACACUCCAUGAUGUCAUUUACCAUGGACCAGUUCCAUAGCCAGACAUUGUCACUAUGUCUCUAUGUAUGUAUAUAGAUAAUGGGCAUGGAACAUGAAACUACACAUUCUUCUCAGAGCUUCUCUUGUGAACUAAGAAAAGAGUCCAGAGGAGAAAAAAAAAAGAAAGAAGAGAAACUAACCAUGAAGGAAUUGUUGGUGUUCUCUGUUGUGUUCUUAGGUCUUGUCUCGUUUAUUCAUGGCCAGUCAAGGGACCACCCUCUUGCGCCGGCCUUGUUUAUCUUCGGGGACUCAUUGGCUGACUGUGGAAACAACAAUUACAUCCCAACGCUUGCACGUGCGAAUUAUCUCCCUUAUGGUAUCGACUUUGGCUUCCCAACUGGUCGUUUCUGCAAUGGCCGCACAGUUGUUGAUUAUGUAGCUAUGCAUCUCGGGUUGCCACUUGUUCCGCCUUACCUUUCGCCCUUCUUCAUAGGAGCAAAAGUCUUGAGAGGGGUCAACUACGCAUCUGCAGCAGCUGGGAUUCUAGACGAAACCGGUCAGCAUUAUGGGGCAAGAACUACCCUCAAUGAACAGAUAUCACAGUUUGAGAUUACGGUCGAGUUAAAGCUGCAACCUCUCUUUCAGGAUCCUGCAGAACUGAGACAGCACCUCGCCAAGUCAAUAAUCCUGAUCAACACAGGGAGCAACGAUUAUAUCAACAAUUAUCUUCUUCCCGAUAGAUACCUCAGCAGCCAAAUCUACACUGGGGAGGACUUUGCAGAACUCCUGACCAAAACCCUUUCAGCCCAGUUAUCGAGACUGUAUAAUUUGGGUGCAAGAAAAUUUGUGUUAGCUGGGGUUGGACCACUAGGAUGCAUACCUAGUCAGCUAUCUACGGUAAACGGCAACAACAGUGGCUGUGUUGCAAAGGUCAACAACUUGGUUUCCGCAUUCAACAGUCGCGUUAUCAAGCUGGCUGAUACUCUAAACUCAAGCCUUCCAGACUCGUUCUUCAUCUAUCAGGAUAUUUACGAUCUUUUUCACGAUAUUGUUGUGAAUCCCUCUAGUUAUGGCUUUCUCAUACCGGACAAGGCAUGUUGUGGCAAUGGGAGAUAUGGAGGAGUCCUGACAUGUCUUCCAUUGCAGGAACCAUGCGCAGAUAGGCAUCAGUAUGUCUUCUGGGACUCAUUUCAUCCAACUGAAGCUGUCAAUAAAAUCAUAGCUGAUAGGAGCUUCAGCAACUCUGCGGGAUUCUCCUACCCUAUCAGCCUUUAUGAGUUGGCUAAACUAUAGAGAAAUGUAUUAAAUUUUAAAUAGCAAUGAUGUGAGGGCUUAGGAAUAAGAUUUACAUGUAAUAGUAAGAAUUAUCGAGAUGCUCAAAAUCAGACCCUAUGCCACUUACA